AUGGAUACGAGUACCAUCAUCCGUGCUGUGCGAGAAGCAUCCUUGCAGGGACUAUACUCCUUUGCUCGUUCACUGAUACAAGAACGACUCCCAAAUGAAUACAUCGAAGCUCUUGGUGACAAGGAUAGGAUGGACGCACUACGUGCUUGCCUGCUCGUUUAUGUUCUUACAGCAACAACAAUAGUUCCACGACAAUUCCAACUUGAGGCCAUUCUCACAACACUAAAUGGCCGCGACAGUGGGAUUACAGCUGACUCCAUGUACAAGGAAUCUAAACUCACAUACUUUGGUGACCGACAGUCAAUUCGUGAUGGCCGCUUCAACCACUUGAUUGUUUUGCCGGAGCAAUUGUUUAUGUUUAAUGGUCAUCUGCCACGUCUUGCACAACUCAUACGCAAAGACUCCAUUUUCAUCAAAAGAAUCAAGCGUGUUCAUAUUGAUGAAGCCCAUAAUAUUUAUACAGCGGGACUUCCGCAUCAUGGCGAGGAGGCUUUUCGACCAUCAUUCAGCAAAUUGGGGGAGCUUCGUGUGCUACUUGCCAAGGACACCAUAUAUCAGGCUCUUUCAGCGACAUUACCACCUCAUAUUCUCUCUGUCAUCAAAUGGGAACUCUCGGUCCCAUCCAACCAUCUCUCAUUGACCCUUUCAACUAAUCGACCCAAUAUAGUGUAUGCCAUUACUCCUCUGAUCGGUGGUACUCGUAACUUUCACAAUUUCGACUGUCUCAUCCCACCCAACUACACGACACCCAUGAUCAUACCAAAAACCUUAAUUUUCCACGACAACAAACAGGAAGCAGUGGACGCUGCAGCCUACAACAACUCACAUCUGCCGAAAGCAUUGCAGAAUCGGGGUGUCGUGAAAUACUAUCACAGUGACAUGUCUGCAGAAUACCUUCAACAAACUUACGAGGACUUCGCCUCAGAUAGUGGAAGCUGUCGGAUUCUGCAUGCAACAGCAGGCACAUCAACUGUCAUAUCCCGUAUUCCGGACUUACAUCCGACAAUAUUCCCACGCCUCAUCCGGACCUUCGGACACCCUAUCCAUGUCUCCAGUCCUCUAUCCAUCCGGAUCCCUGCACAUAUAUCCACGCGUCUCAUCCGGACGUCCGGUCUGGUCCGAUCCGAUCCGAUCCGAUCCGAUCCGAUCCGAUCCGAUCCGAUAUACGAUAAGCUUCCUAAUUCAUUUCUGUGCAUAUAA